AUGUCUUACAGGGGCUUUUUCAAUAGUAACAGUCGAGUUUCUAAGCAGGACCAAGAAUUCUACGACUUAAAAAACAGGGCUGUUGAAUACUACAGAGCCAAUGGAGUCCCACAAAAGAUGGAAUGUGUUCUGAAUGAAAUGUUUUUCGAGAAGCCGGACGAUGUUUACGGUUAUUUGGCAAACUACUUUUCAAGAUUGUCAGCACCACCAGUAAUAAGCAGAAUAUUGGGGAAAGAAGUAUAUGAUGGGAAAGGUCAACUAACAAUUCAGGCAGAAAUAUUUUGCACAAUUAAAAACGAAGAAAAGAGUGUAUGUUCUGCAGUCAUAUCCAGCCACUGUGAAGCCCGAGAUGGCAGUGUGCAGGAUCCUGGCACUAUUAAUGAAAGUGACAAAAGGAAAGACUCUGUGACAACAGCACUCCGUUGGAUCAAUGAGCCACUGAGCACACUGCUAAAGGGCUUUGAACCACGUGACCAAACAGGAGUGGAUAAAGUACUGAGGGAUUUUUUCAUGGCACGCUUCCUUGAGGAUCAGGAAAGACAAAGCCAAGAAAAGGCAAACCAGCAGGCCAGUGACCCAGUACCUGCACCAACCCCUCCCAACGUAGCCUCAAAAGACAAAAAGGGUGGGGAAAAGGGGAAAAAGAGCAACAAUGCUGAGAAGCCCGUCCCGCCACCAGAGCCUCCGGUGCCGGUGCUGCCCGGUUGCAUGGCGUUUGGGUCAGUGUCCAUGGCUGUGGCCAAGGCAGCGGCUCAGUUAGAGGGCAUCCCCCUCUACCAGCAUGUCACAGCUCUCACGCAAAAACAGUUUACAAAAGAGAUUCACAUUCCGUUGCCUAUGGUAACACUCCUGAGCUGUGGAAAAAUGUCUCCUGGAAAGCUAAAUCUCAUGGAGGAGGUUAUUGUCAUACCUAAAGCAGGACAAUCUGUCAGACAGUUUGUUACAAAGGUCCUUGAGCUUCAAAGGGAGAUAACACGAAUGGUGAAUGCAGCUGCCAAAACAGGGCCUGCGGUGAAUGCAGUUUCAGAUUGUGGAGCUUUAGUGAUUGGAUAUGACCGACCCGAGCAGCCUUUGGACCUGGUCACUGAGGCUUCCAAUAACCUUGGCUUUGUACUUGGGGAUGAAAUGUAUUUGGCAAUAAACUGUGCCGCACAUGACCUAAUGGACUACCAAAAGGGUAAAUACGAUGUUAUCACUGGAGCCUCCAAAUCUCCUGAUGAACUGGUGGACAUGUAUGAGGUUUUGACAAGCAAAUACCCAGCACUUAUUGCCCUGAUUGAUCCUUUGCGAAAAGAGGACCAGGAGCAGUGGCAGAAGCUGAGCAGCAUGCUUGGACAAUCUUACCUGCUCUCUGAAGAUUCGUCCAAACCCGUGAGUCCCCAUUCGAAUGAGGGUAUGCUGCCACCACCAGGGAUCAAAGGGUUCAUUUUAAAACAAACCAACCAGACCACAGUCACAGACCUGAUUGAGAUCACUCAACAACUGGAAGAUGCAGUGACCAUAAUUGGGACGACUAGCGGGGAAACAUGUGAUGACUCUCUUGCAGAUCUGGCUGUUGGACUGGGUGUUAAAUUUGUCAAACUGGGAGGUCUGUGUCGUGGAGAGCGGCUGACUAAAUACAACCGUCUGAUUUCUAUAGAGGAAGAAUUGGCCCAGCAGGGAAUACUGGCUGGUCUCUAA